AUGACAAAAAGUUUUGCAAAACAGAAAAACAAACUGAAGAAGCUAAAUAAUUCUGGGGGCGGGAAAAAUGGAGUAAUUUUACUAAAGGGUAAGAAGAAAAAAACACAACGAGGAAAUGGAAUAAUUAGAAAGAGGAACAACAACGGGUUCGGUAAUUCAAACGAUUCAAAGGAGAAAUGUGUUCAGAAAAAAAAUAAUACAGCAGAAAAGAAGAAUGUGAAAAAAUUGCUACACAAAGAAAAUAUGGGAAAAAAAAAAACGCUUAAGACACAAAAACAAAUAAGCGAUAAAAAUAAAAAAAUAAAAAAAAAACGAGAGGGGGAAAAAAAGAACGAAGUUUUAAACGAAAAAUGCAAAAAAAUUAUGAACGAUGAAAAUCUGUCAAAAUCCAAAAAAAAAAAAUUAAUAAAAGAAUACAAAAAAAAAGUUGUAGUAGAAAAUUAUGACUACUACAAAAAAUUGAGAAUACAAUUAAAUGAUUUGCUACAGACAAAGGAUAAAAUGGAAAAAAAAAGACAAAUAAACAUUAUCUAUAAUGACUUAAAAAAAGUCCAACUUGUAAAAUUUUCUCGUACUAAUUUAGGUUAUCACAUUAUAUCUUCUCUAAUAAUAAAUGGAGAUGAGGAAAUCCAAAAAAAGUUAUGGAAAAAUCUGUGUGAACAUUUUGCCGAUAUUAGCACUUUUAAUUUUGUGUCUCUCAUAUUCCAGUGUUUUUAUAAACACGCAAAGUGUGAAGAUAUAAAAAGAGAUAUAUAUCAAUGGUUAUUAAAAAACACGAAAACUUUUUUUACCAAAUUUGCUUCCAGAUUAUGGCAUGCCGUUUUUAAAAAACUCAAAAUGGAUAUGAGAAUGAGUAUGACAAAUCACCUGAUUAUGCCUAAUAGUAACAACAACAAUAAUAAAAUCAUAUGUGAUUUAAAAACUAUGUCAGUAGAUAUUUUGAAAAAAAGUACUAAAGAAAUGUUCACCACAUUUAGCGAUGAAAAUAAAACACUAAUAAGUAAAUACAUUAUUGAAUUGAUUGAAAAUAUUGUUGAAAAGGAAUUGCUUUACAACAUCGUUUCACAUAAUAUACUCCUAACAUCAUGUGAAAUUUUAAACGAUCAAGAUUUAGAAAAUAUAAUGGAAAUUAUUCACCAAGGUUGUGAAUAUCUCAUAUCUUCCAAUUUGGGAAAUCAAGCAUUAAUUUAUUUACUAGGCUAUGCUACAAAUAAACAUAAAAAAAAUUUAAUAAAAAUUUUAAAAAAUGAUAUCCCUGAAUUGUGUAAAAAUAGUGUUAAUUUUUUGUUAAUAAUUAGGUUACUAAAAAUUACGGAUGAUACAAAAUUGUUGAACGAUUUUAUUGUUAAAAAAAUUGUAAAUGAUUUUGAAAAUAUAUUCAAUGAUUACUAUGGUUUUUAUGUCAUUCUAGAAUUCUUCUAUCACAUAAAUCAAUUUAAUGAUGAUAAAUAUUUUUACGUAGAUUGGAAAAAUAUGAUAUACUCCAAGGCAAUCAAAAGUAUUAAGGACCCAGACAAACGAAAAAAUGAAAUCAUACAACCUAUUAUUGAUAACUUACAAAUUCUUUUUCAAAAUGAAAAUAAACUAGCUUAUUAUGUAAAAGAUAAGAGAUAUAUUAUACUUAUAUAUGAAUUCUUAUCACACGCACAAAAUGAGCAAGUCCUCAAAAACUUACUCUCUCUUAUUGAACAAAUUAUUCUUGUAUAUAAAAAUAAAGAAGACGUAAAUAUUAACUACAAUUGUAAAAAUAUAAAUGAUUUGUUUUUAAAAAUAUUUAACAAUUCUGCAAGUAAUAAACUCCCAAGUAGACUAAUAAAUGAUCUACCCUUUUAUCAACACCUUUCAAAUACCCUUCUCCCAGAAUUGGAAAUUAUUUUGAAAUCAGAAUUAAUCAAAACCUUUAACAAUUUCUUCCUUUUCCUCAAACACAAUGAUACAAGUGAAUAUGAAAGAGUCCUUGCGAGGGCCAAGCAGAUAGAUAAUAAGCAAAUUUAUGAAGAAUUAAAAGCGAUUCUCCCCAAUUUAACUCAUUUUGAUAAGUAUCUAGAGCUCGUCACCAGUAAUGUACGGUCCUGA